AUGGCGGCUGCGGGUCUCUGUGAAGAAGGUGAAAACAACCAAGGAAACAUGAGUUUGGGAAAUGUAAAAGAAGAGAGUGACAACAAACCCCUCAGCACUGAGAAACACAUCUCCAUCCAGAGUCGUUUGGAAGAUCUGGAGGCUCUGGUCGACCUGAACGGAGCUGGGAGGAAGCCGUGUCCUCUUUGUCCUGAGGAGAAGUUUAAGUCGUGCUACAGCCACAAACUGAGGCGACACCUUCAGAACCUGCACUGGAAGGUCUACGUGGAGCUGCAGGGUCAGAGGAUGUGCAUCUGUCACCUCCCCUGCCCCACGACCAAGCCCAGUCCUCCCUCUGAGCAGACCUGUCGUCUCGUGGCCCACUUUCACUGUGUGGUCUGCUCUGGGACCAUCACUCGUAAAACUGACAUGAUCAGUCACCUGAAGCGCCACACGACCCGAGGGGAGACCCAGGCCAGCUUCAGCCUGGACCCAGACCAGGACCAAGACCAGGACUCAGCUGUGUGCGGUCGGACUCUGGAGAUCAUGAAGGAGCUCGGCACAAACGUUCAGCUGAUGCCGAACUACAGCACUCCUCAAAAGAGUGACACCUACUUCAGCCGCAAGAUGAAGACCAACAGACAGCUGGUGUUCUGCUCUCUCGCUGUCCUCGCUGAAGAGAGAAGUCCUCUGGAAGCUCUGGACGCUUUCGGAGCCACAGGCAUCAUGGGUCUGCAGUGGGCCAAACACCUUCGCUCGUCCGUCAAAGUGACCAUCACUGACGUCAGCGACACCUGUGUGACUAUGAUCAGGGAAAACUGUGAGCUGAACCAGAUCCGCGUGGCGCCAGGGGCCGAGUCUGGGUCUGGGUCCGGAUCCGGGUCCGGGUCUGGCACAGGACCAGAGACAGAGUCCGGAUACAUCAACACUGUGGAGGUGAACAAGAUGGACGCCAACGUGAUGAUGCACCUGCGGCCGUUUGACUACAUACACCUGGACCCGUUCGGCUCGGCGGUGAACUUCCUGGACGCCGCCUUCCGGAACGUGCGUAACCUCGGCGUGGUGUCGGUCACGUCCACAGACACUUCUUCGCUUUACGCCAAGACGCCGAACGUGACGCUGCGGCACUACGGCGCCUCUGUGGUCCGCACCGAGUACUACAGGGAGAUGGCAGCGCGCAUGGUCCUGGACGCGGUCGCACGAGCCGCUGCCCGCUGUAACAAAGGCAUAGACGUUCUUCUGUCUGUGGCGGUGGAACACUUUGUGCUGGUGGUCGUGCGGGUCCUCAGGGGCCCCUCUCAGGCUGAUGCCUCGAUGCUGCGGCUGCGGAGACUGGUGCACUGUCAGUGGUGUGAGGAGAGGCUGUUCCUGAGGCCCGGGACCCAGAGCGACGACACUUUGCCGUGUUCCUGUCAGGGGACGUUACCUGGGAAGACCUCCGUCACACUGGGACCUCUGUGGUCUGGUCCGGUCUUCAACCCCUCGUUCCUCAGGCGGAUGCUGGAGGCCGCAGUGCGAUACUCGAUGGAGGACGUCCAGCCGCUGCUCAAGACUCUGCUCUGUGAGAGCGACUGCAGCCUGAAGACCUCCUCCAGCCUCGUGGAAUGUGGAGUCGUCAUCAAAACUUUACAAAGCGACGAAUCUGGAACUGACUCUUCAGGGAAGAGGAAGUCCACAGAUGAAGCUCCAAACCUGAUAAAGAAGUUCAAGUCUGACUCAGUGGAACAUCCUCCAUUUUACUACAGCAUCCACCGCCACAGCAUCAGGGGCACCAACAUCCCCAAGUUGAAUAAGUUCCUUCAGUUCUUGACAGACUCGGGUUUCAGAGCGAGUCGGACUCACUUCGAUCCGACCGGAGUCCGGACCAACGCAGACCUGGAACAGUUCACUCAGGUCCUGCGGAAGGAGGAGCCAAGUCUGAAGGGAGGAGCCAAGUCUGAAGGGAGGGAGGAGCCAAGUCUGAAGGGAGGGAGGGGCGGGGCCUCAAAGGGAGUCCCGGAUCGUUACCAGACUCACCUGAGACUCACCUGGACCUGGAUCAUAAACGGACUACAGAGGGUCUGA